AUGCAAGGUGGGAUCAGACGUAAGAAGGACCUGCUACCCCGCUACAAUGGUGGUCGCCGUCCAAGUAUGUUGACCACACCGAUGAAGAAAAUUCUCGUCUAUGCGGUGGUACUUUUAACUUUGUUUAUAAUGUUCAAAUUUGCAUACUCGGACGUUAAUCGUGAAAUCUCCUACGAGCUGGAUCACGGUAAACCAGUCAUUGAAUCUGCCGCGGCUGUGGUGGAUAAGUUAGAUGUACAUACUCUUACAUAG